AUGUCUCUUGCAACAAGUUCAGCACAUCCUUCAAAGCCCCGCCAGGUUUAUCACGAACCAACAGGGAUGCACCGCCUUGACAUCCUCUCGAGGGCAUUAUCGAAGCUCCUCCGACAUCAGGCCGGCCGGGAGCACAUGAAUAUGGACAAAAGGGGAUUUUUGUCAUUGUGCGAUGUGUUGAACCACCGGUAUUUCAAAUCUAUGAAGGCCACCCCGGAAGACAUUUUUCAGGCGGUGAACAUCAACGACAAGAAGCGGUUUAAGAUUGUCCAGGUGCAGGAUGAUGGAAUCGAUUAUGACAAUGAGUGUAAGGAGUGCGAGGUACACACUUAUGUGCAAGGAUGUCACUACAUGAUAUGUGCACUACAGGGUCAUUCGAUAGCAUCGGUGACCGACUCAUAUGGGAUGACGGAGAUCAAGAAGAACGAGUAUCCAGAGCAAAUAAUUCACGGCACAUACUACAAUAAGCUCAAGAGCAUAAAAGAGAGUGGAGGUCUGAGCAGAAUGUCCAGAAAUCACAUUCAUUUUGCAGAAGGUAUGCCGAGAUACAUGAAUACCGGAAAGCGGGCCAGAGAAACGCCAUGUAAAGAAAAUGGAAAGGCUUUGGAGAGCCAGGAUAGGGCGGGUGUGCGGAAGAAGAGACGCGCAUCGAUUAUCAGCGGGAUGAGGAAAAAUUGCAACGUGAUAAUAUCAUUGGAUAUUGAGAAGGUGAAGAAGAGCGACCUGGUGUUUUAUCGAAGUGGAAAUGGGGUGAUUCUGUGUCCGGGAGACAAGGAUGGACUUGUCAAGCUGGAAUACUUUGGAAAAGUGACCGAUAUGAGCGGCAAAGAGAUCGAUCUAGAGACGAUCUAG